GUCGCCGCCGCCGCCGCCUCAGCAGCAGGAACCGAAGUCGCCGCCGUCGCCACCGCCCCGGUCGCCGGCCGCCCGCGCGCUGACUCGGCUGGGGCCCGCAGCCAUGGAGGACUUCAUCGUGAUCUCGGACGACAGCGGCUCCGAGAGCUCCGGGGGGGCCCGCUCGGGCCGGCCGCGGAGGAUCCGCCGGGCCCUGUCGCGGCCCCCCGGCGCGCUGCCCCGCCGGACCGUGGACUUCAUUGACUUAACUAGAGAAACGAGACCAAGGGCAAAGGAUCGCAAUGGACUCUGUGUGAUUGACCUGACAAGAACUGAGGAAGAAAAUAGACCUAUUGCCACUCUUGACUUGACUCUAGAACCUGUUACUCCCUCACAGAAGGAGCCAGCCAAUCUUCAAACAUGUGCCAGCCUCUCCAGCAAAGAGGUAAUGGAAGGGCGAGUGGACAGAAGCUCUCGGCCUGCAGCACGGAGAAUCAUUAACAGCGAUCCUGUGGAUUUGGACCUUUUGGAAGAAACCGCAUUUGAAGGUCCCCAACCCCCUGCAUCCAUCAGUGGGAAUUCUGUUUAUCCAGUGGAGCCAAAUUGUAGCUCAACCACGUUCAAAGGUGACCUCAGCUUCUUGGCAAGCCUACAGCUGUCUUCAGAUGUUCACUCCCUCUCCCCAAAAAGCAAUAAUGGUAGCAGCUGCAAUCAAAGGGCACCCUUGCCAUGCCCACAGCAAGAUGUGCCUUGUCCGCCACAGGCCUUGCCCUGCCCACUGCAAGCCUUGCCAUGCACACUGCGAGCCUCACCAUGUCCACCACGAGCCUCCUCAUGCCCACCGCGAGCCUUGUCAUGCCCAUCACAGACCAUGCAGUGCCAGCUGCAAACUAUGCCUCACCUGCCUCAAGAAGUGCCAUGCCCUCCUCAAGAUGUGCCAUGCCCUCAGAACAUGCCAUGCCCUCAGCAGAAUAUGCCAAGCCCACCUCAGGACUCAUCAUGGUGUCCUCAACACUCACCAAGCCCACCUCAAGACACAUCCUGCCCACCUCAAGACUCACUUUGCCCACCUCAAGACUCAUUUUGCCCACCUCAAGACUCACUCUGCCCAUCUCAAGACUCUCUGGGCCUACCUCAGGAUGUACCAGGCCCACCUCAAAACAUACCAUAUCCACAAGAUGUGGCACACCUACAAGUUAUGCCACAGUCACUGGGAGAUGUGCCACAGUCACCAGGAAACGUGCCACAGUCACCAGGAAAUGUGCCACAGUCAUCAGGAGACAUGCCACAGUCACCAGCAGAUGUGCCACAGUCACCCAGAGAUGUGCCACAGUCACCAGCAGACAUGCCACAGUCACCAGGAGACGUGCCACAGUCACCAGCAGAUGUGCUACAGUCACCAGGAGAUGCGCCACGGUCACCAGGAAGUGUGCCACAUUCACCUAGAGAAGUCUCACACUUACCAGGACAUGUGCCAUGUUCACCUGGAGACAAACCACACUUGCUUGGAAACAUGCCACACUCACUUGGAGACUUGCCUCUCUUACCACAAGACAGGCUUGACUCUCCCCAAAAUGACAUAGAGAACCGUGACACUCCUAUGGAUAUCUCAGCUCCAUCCUCUCCAAGCUGCUCUCCCAGCCCACAGUCUCCACAGUCUAAAAUUUCCCUAGAGAAAGUUUCUUGGCUCUCUGCCACAGAAACUCCAGCCAGAAAAGAGAUAUCACUGUCAGAGCCUGCCAACCCCGGGUCUGCCCAGGUACAAGCACGAACACCACAAGGUGGAUUGUACAACAGACCAUGCCUGCAUAGACUGAAGUACUUCUUACGACCUCCGGUGCAUCACCUCUUCUUCCAGACACUAAUACCAGAUAAAGACACAAGAGAGAGCAAGGGUCAAAAAUUAGAACCCAUCCCUCAUCGAAGACUAAGAAUGGUAACAAACACCAUUGAAGAAAAUUUUCCCCUGGGGACUGUGCAGUUUUUGAUGGACUUUGUGUCACCCCAGCAUUACCCACCCAGAGAAAUUGUGGCUCAUAUCAUCCAGAAAAUCCUUCUCAGUGGCUCUGAGACCGUGGAUGUCCUAAAGGAGGCCUACAUGCUUCUCAUGAAAAUUCAACAGCUACAUCCAGCUAAUGCCAAGACAGUGGAGUGGGACUGGAAGCUGCUCACUUAUGUCAUGGAGGAAGAGGGACAAAAUCUGCCUGGGCGUGUCCUUUUUCUGCGUUAUGUAGUACAGACCCUGGAAGAUGACUUCCAGCAGACCCUGAGGAAGCAACGACAGCACCUGCAGCAAUCCAUUGCAAGCACUGUGCUGUCCUGUGAUAAGCAGCCGCACAAUGUGAGGGAUGUUAUCAAGUGGUUGGUCAAAGCGGUAACUGAAGACGGAUUAACUCAGCUCCCAAAUGGGAAUCAAACCUCUUCAGGAACAGGAAUCUUGAGGGGCAGCAGUAGCCACCCUUCUCCCCCGCCGGCCCUGACAAAGAACACCAAUCAGCUGAUUGUGUGCCAGCUGCAGAGGAUGCUGUCCAUAGCCGUAGAGGUAGACAGGACUCCCACCUGCAGCUCCAAUAAAAUUGCUGAGAUGAUGUUUGGGUUUGUGCUGGACAUUCCUGAGAGGAGUCAGAGAGAGAUGUUCUUUACUACCAUGGAAAGCCACCUUCUGCGCUGCAAAGUGUUGGAAAUCAUAUUCCUCCACAGCUGCGAGACCCCCACCCGCCUGCCCUUGUCUCUGGCCCAGGCCCUCUAUUUUCUGAACAAUUCUACAUCACUGCUCAAGUGUCAGUCAGAUAAAACCCAGUGGCAGACAUGGGAUGAGCUGGUUGAGCAUCUGCAGUUUCUGUUAUCUAGUUAUCAACAUGUUUUAAGAGAGCACUUACGGAGUUCAGUGAUUGAUCGCAAAGAUUUAAUAAUCAAAAGGAUUAAGCCCAAGCCCCAGCAAGGAGACGAUAUCACGGUGGUGGAUGUGGAGAAGCAGAUCGAGGCCUUCCGCAGCCGCCUCGUCCACAUGCUGGGGGAGCCGCUGGUCCCCCAGCUCCAGGACAAAGUGCACUUGCUGAAGCUCCUGCUCUUCUAUGCUGCGGACCUGAACCCUGAUGCAGAGCCUUCUCCCAAGAACUGGAGCGGCCCCUGAAGUCCUUCGAAGCACUGAACACCAAGAAUACCUCCUGAACUCUAUCUCCAACUACUUGGAAGUUGUAAAAGUACGAAAAGUAGUUAAAAAUCUUGUAGGACCAAACCUAUCUUAUUUAUCUGUAGGUUAUGAUAACUUUCUAACUCUUUAGUAGAUAACCUUUUUUUUGAUAAUCCUCACCUAGCCUAUUCUCAAAUACGGCUUAAUAUACAAGGUGUAUAUAUUUUUUAAUAAAUUAUUUAUCUAUCCUUUUUUUGAAAAGGUAAUACUAUAUGCACUAUAUUUAACAGUUCCACUCAAGAUGUGAAAAAGAAUCCCUCUGUGAACAAAUCCUAGACAUCAAUGUCAUGUCAUUCACAGUACUGACAACCUGUUUUGAACGAGAAAGACAUAUCCGUUUCUCCCUAAUGGAACACAAACAUCCUAUAUUAGAUCUCUUACAUUGCGUAUGAAUUUGACUUUGUGGCCAGUCUAUUAAGAUCUAAUGUAAUGAGGGGGGUUAGCAACACAAGGAU